AUGAGUUUGUUAUCUUCGCAAUCCAAAGAACUUGUAUCAAACCAUGAUAAUGACCGUGACAAUAACUAUAACUAUAACCAUAAUGACAAAAAUGAACACACUAAUGACCCCACUACUGAUAAUAUUAAUAUUAUGGCUGUACGAAGUGAAGGUGAUGAUAUCAUAGAGGCAUCCAAAAAAAAUUCUAAAAACCUUUCUGCUACAAUGCUGACUAAUGUUAAUAAUAUAAAACUUCGUGAUAUAUUCGCUAUUUGGAUCAUCAAUCGUCAACGUCUCUUUACUAUAAUUGAAGACCCUGAAUUGAUUGAAAUCAUACAGUAUUUAAAUCUCACAGCGCAAUUAGUUAAAGCAAAUACAAUAAAGAAUGCAAUUAUGUCACUUUAUAACUCUGAAAAAAGGGAAUUGAAGGCAAGCUUCACGAAUAUUAUAUCCUAG